AUGAGCGUAGCUCUCGUAACGAUGGAUUCCGCGUACGGCCUUCGACUUGGGAUCGGCAGCCACCAUCACCACCAUCACCAUCACCAUCAUCGGGUGCGUUCACCCGAGAGUCACGUGAUCCCUCGCCAGGAUCAGCAACAAGAUCAUAAAGAUGAUAUCGAGACACCAUUAAGAUUCAGCGUGGUAAAUAUCCUGAGACCUGAUUUCGGCCGGGAAGCGAUUCUAAAUACGAAAGCCCCGAAAGCCCAGGCCGCUCUGGUGUCCGGACACUCGACUACGAUCCCAGUUCCGAUUCCACGUCACAGCCCUCUUUCGCUACCACGUGAUCUGAGCCUGUCGUCGAACCGAUUGUCUCCGACAAGGCCCCAAGCUAACAGUUUCUCGAUGCACAGAGACAGGGAUUUGUUUUCAUCCCAUUGCGGGCUUACGUCGCCUCUUCAGAGGAACAGCGGACUCAGCAGAAGCGGAAGUCUCGAGAGUUUAGCGAGCAGUAGGAGUUCCGUCACCGGAAGCUCCGUAACCGGGGCACCCUCUUUGGGCUCCACAUCCUCGACCAUCGGCAGCGACUCCUUGAGCGGAGAUAGCAGUUCCGGAAGUACAUCUAAUACCGCCACCAAUCAAACCGGGCUCAAUGGCCAGAGUCCUUGGCCCGCGUGGGUUUAUUGUACCAGAUACUCGGACAGGCCAUCUUCCGGACCGCGAACGAGGCGGGUGAAGCGAUCGCACAACGGGAAGAAUGGCUCGCCGGAAGAGAAGCGGCCGAGAACCGCGUUCAGCGCGGAACAACUGGCAAGAUUGAAGAGGGAAUUCGCGGAAAAUCGAUAUCUGACCGAGAGAAGGAGGCAACAACUCUCGAGAGAUCUGGGAUUGAACGAGGCGCAGAUCAAGAUCUGGUUCCAGAAUAAAAGAGCGAAAAUCAAAAAGGCGAGCGGGCAGAAAAAUCCGCUCGCUCUGCAAUUGAUGGCCCAAGGUCUGUACAAUCACUCGACGGUCCCCGUUGACGAGGAUGGGGAGGAAAUCGUGACUGGAAACAAUCAUUAAUCGAAAAGAAAUAUGGUUGAGAGAAA